CGAAGGGUGUCAGGUCCAUUUCCUGGCUACAUAGCUCGGCAUCCUCAGCAAUAACAGUGUUAUGCAAGCUAAGCUGGCCUUCGCUGCCACCGACACAUCGGUUGUUUUCCACUUUGCCAUGGUAAUGAAUGAUAGAGGAAUAGAAAAUAUUCAAAUCUAUUGCUGUUGUCUUUGCAGGAGUUCAUUCAGAAAAUGGGGGCAAGGCAGCUGAAAAGAGAUGUCGAGGCACUUAUUGGCGAUUACAUUGGGCAGAAACUCCGAGAAAAUUCAUUCGAUCCGAAGGGGAAGGGGACGUCCACAAUGCUGGAUGACCUGGCUCACUACGAUCUGGCAAUCGGUGUUGCCCUUUGGUGGUUGGACAAGGAAGAAGGAAGGGAGGUGCUUGACAGCGACAUCAUUGGAGCAACAUGCAGCUCAGGAGGUGCCCAGUACCCUAAUCGCUUAGAGCGGGAGGCUAUGAUCCUGUCAUCCUUUGCUGGGAUUAUUAUGAAUAGCCUGCCAGUGGAGGAGAUCUUGGCUCUGUACAGGUGUAAACCAGCAGCAUCAUACCCCAACCAGCGAUCCAAGGGCGCAAUUGUCUGUCCCUUCACUCUGUCCUACCAUCCGUUUGCCAUGCUCGGCUCCUACAAGGCUGUGCACCACUCCAAGAAGCACAAUCAGAAGCUGAAGAGAUGGCUGUCGGAGAGGGCGAAGGCGAGACUCCCAGUGCGAUCUUCCUCCUCCUCCUCCUCCUCCUCCUCGUCUCUGUCCGUCCCCAGCGUGAGACAGCAGCGAGCCCCGGCGGGCUUCGCCGGAGUCGCUGCGGGACUGAAGCCGGCCGCGGACCCGGUCUCCGGGCUUCUCGAGAAGCGCCGGCGCUGCCGCCCCGCGCCGCACCGACAAGCGGCGGUUCCGAGCGUGCGGCUCCCGGCGGCGGCCGAUGAGGCCAAAUGUUGA